ACCCCUCCCCGUCUCGCAUCGCAAAACACUUCGCCGCUCCUCGCACAAUCGCAUCGCAUCCAUCGACUCGUCUUUUGCGCUUCCGCCCCCGGCGCUCCCACGAAAUCCCGAACGAGCCCCGGCAUCACGCGGCAAGAAGAGGAAGAGGAGACCCGGACCGAGACGCGAGCACGCGGAAACCUCGAGGGGCCAGGACGCGAAAAGGGCGGACGCAGCCACGCGCGGCGGCGGUGGUCCGGCGGUGAGGGCUCUGCUCCCGGCGGCGGAGUUCGGGGUGAGGGCGGAGGAGCCGAUCGUCCGCGCCAUUGGGGCACACCCGCGCGGGGGGGAAGAGCGGGAGACGCGUGCCGUGUUGACCGGCUCCGCGACCGGCGCGCGCGGUUCGUGCCUCAGCGCGUGGCCCUCCGUACCCGCGGUUUCGGGGUGCGCCUGACGCGGCUGCUGAUUCCUCCUUCGUCCUCCUCGCCGUCCCCGGCGCGAUGGAGGCCGGCUACUGCAACCGCAAGAAGACCGACAUCUGUGAGGGCGUCUGCGACAACGAGUACGGUUCAAAGUCAGUUCUGAGCAUGACAAGGCUGAAGUGUGCACUGAGGGGAUUUGAUUUGAGGGCUCUUUUGAUCCUACUGAUCGGUGUUCCUAUUCUGAUCUUCGCCAUAUACGUGCAUGGCCAGAAGGUGACUUACUUCCUCCGACCGAUAUGGGAAAAGCCCCCAAAGCCCUUCACAAUACUUCCUCACUACUAUCAUGAGAAUGUCUCGAUGGGUAACCUCUGCAAGUUGCAUGGAUGGAAAGUCAGGGAGACUCCACGCCGUGUCUUUGAUGCUGUGCUCUUCAGCAACGAGCUUGACAUUCUUGAUAUCCGUUGGCACGAGCUGAGCCCAUAUGUAUCAGAAUUUGUGCUGCUUGAGUCCAAUUCAACCUUCACUGGCAUAAAGAAGGAUCUUCACUUCAAGGAAAACCGCCAACGGUUUGAGUUUGCUGAAUCACGGUUGACCUAUGGUAUGAUAGGAGGAAGGUUCGUGAAGGGAGAAAACCCGUUUGUUGAGGAGUCAUAUCAAAGGGUUGCUCUGGACCAGCUUAUUAAGAUUGCUGGCAUCACAGAUGAUGACCUGUUGAUCAUGUCUGAUGUUGAUGAGAUCCCAAGUGGGCAUACGAUCAACCUCUUGAGAUGGUGUGAUGACAUUCCUGAGAUUCUUCAUCUCCAGCUCAGGAACUAUCUCUACUCAUUCCAAUUUUUACUCGAUGACAAGAGCUGGAGGGCUUCAGUACACAGAUAUCGGUCUGGAAAGACCAGGUAUGCGCAUUUCCGGCAAACAGAUGAGCUUCUGGCUGAUUCAGGGUGGCACUGCAGCUUUUGCUUCCGCUACAUAAACGAUUUCAUCUUCAAGAUGAAAGCCUACAGCCAUGUUGAUCGGAUCAGAUUCAAGUACUUCCUAAACCCGAAGAGGAUUCAGCAUGUGAUUUGUGAGGGUGCUGAUCUUUUCGACAUGCUUCCUGAAGAAUACACAUUCCAAGAGAUCAUUGCCAAGCUGGGGCCUAUUCCAAGCACAUACUCCGCCGUUCAUCUCCCCGCCUAUCUGCUGGAGCAAAUCGAUCAGUAUAGAUAUCUUCUUCCUGGCUACUGCAUGAGGGAAACUGGCAGUGGCUAGGCUGCCACUCUGGUUUGCAUCAUGACCUGAGGUGCAGGGACGUUGCUGGCCGAUGUCCCCCAGGAGGAGGAACACCCUGCUGUUGCGGGGUUGUAUCUGAUGCGAUUGGCUGACUUAGUUGAGUGAUCGCUUGGCUGCUGGUUGAGUUCAUAUGAGAUUCUGUACCCGUGUAAUUCAAACCUUGGAAGGCCCUGACAGCAGCAUGGCUUCGAUGCUGCGUUCUUGUUUUGCGGAGAAGCUCAGCAGUGUGUGUGCUUAUUUAUACCACCUGAGUUUUUAUUCAUUGCUUCCAUGAUUGAUAUAUGAACUCUUAACUAUUGUAGAUUUCAUACCGAGCGAUAUUUCAGAUUCUUUCCUUUUCUCUCUCACUUCGUGCUGUACAAUACAAUGUCUUGACUUACCAGAUUACUGACAGUGGCUUUGAGUUCUUGCUCUUGCUCU